UUAUAUAUUGGUCAUGAAUAUGAUAUAUUGACAUUUCAAGAGACUGAGCUAAAAAUUACUUAAAAAUGAGAAUCAAUUAUUUUUUUUCCAUUGGUCCAUUAUUUUAUGCAAUGCAGCACAUAAUAAUCUAUUUUGGUUUUGGUUUGGGCUUCUGGUAGUUCUGAAAAGCCCAGUAUAAAGCCCAACUCCAUUAAUGCAUCUUCACCUCUACGACGAGAAUUGUGCUUCCGAUUCAUUUCACAUAGGGUUUGUUUCUCCGAUCAGAUCCAAUUUCAAUCCUUCUCCGUCAGAUUAUCUCCUCGGCCACGAUGUCUCUCCGCCGCACUAUCCUCGAUCUCCACCGUCAAACCCAGAGAGCCACUCUCUCAAAGUCUCUACCUUUCUCGAUGAGUCACAUCUCCUCCGCAUCCGCCACCGCCGCCGUGAGAAACCCACUGGGAAGAGACCUCUCUUCAAUCCCCUUCGCACAAGCCCAGAAACUGAAACCAGAUUCAACCAAUCUCGUCACCGAUCGCUCGAUUUCGUCUUCAAUUGGGCAAUCUGAACUCAACAAGGCAGCCAAAUUCUCGCGUCAAUCGUCUUCUCGAGGUUACACUAAUGGCUCUUUCUUACGCAAAAUCCCUGUAGUCUUUCACAUACAUGAAGGAAUGGAAGAGAUUUUGGCGGAUUAUGUUCACCAAGAAAUGACAAGGAAUUUGAUUGUGAUGUCUUUGGGAUUGUUCCAGAUUAUCGUUCUUAAAGAUAUUAUCUUGUUUCUUCUCUGAAACCAAGUAAACAUCUUUUGGGAUCUAAGGAACACUCUCGAUCAUCAUCACCUGUUAAUGAAUGAAUAGUGUGGGCUAAAAAAAAGGUCUUUCCUUUUAUCUUCUUUGUUUUAUGAAUAAGAACUUGAUGCAAUGUUGCAUUUUUACCUUCAAGCUUUUGUUGUGUGUUGUUUCAGUUUCUGGUUUCGUGUAUUUGAUUCUGUAAGGCUUAAAAUGGAAUUCUAAGCCUGUUAAUCUUUUGAUUGAAUAAUGACAACUUUUCUCAGCUUUGAGGAUCAUUUAAUCACUACGUUUGCAUUUCGAAUUUAGCUUUACUGUAAUCAGAAGCACGAGAGACUUACGUGAGUUUUGCAGUAGAAAAGUUGUGGUUUUUACCAAGUAGAUGGUUUGAUUAUAUACAACUUUUGAAGAGAUUUUCUGGUUUUGGAUUUGGUGUGAUCAUUAUAAAGGUGAUGGAGACUCUCAAGAAGUCACAAACAGAGAAUUGUCGAUGUUAUGUUUACUUAGAUCAAACAUGAGAUUUUGAA